GUCAGAUACUGCAGAACGUCUCUGAAAGACACUGAGAUCUAUAAAAGCUACAACACUGAGAUUUUACUUCCUUCACAUUUCAGUGAUUUUCACAGUGAUGGAGAAGCGUCUGUUCCUACUUCUCUUUUAUACAGGAGUCGUCCCUCUCGUCCUGUCUGACCCUCGUCAGUACUUUCUGAUCCAACAGGGAAAAAUGUGGAGUGAUGCUCAGGCUUACUGUCAAGAUAAACACACAAAUCUGGCUAUCAUCAAGACCAGUGCAGACAUGGUUCAGCUUCAGAAUGAAGCACAGAGACAACAAUUUAGUUCCAGUGCUUGGAUUGGAAUGUACAAUGACAUUAAUGGCUGGAAAUGGUCUCUUGGAUAUGAGCCAGUGGGAAGCAUGAGACCAUGGGGAACUUUUCAGCCUGACAACUGGCAUGGAAAAGAAUCGUGUGGUGGAAUGAGUGGGGGCACUUGGCAUGAUAGGGAAUGUACUGACCAAGUCCCCUUUGUGUGCUUUGAUGACACUAAAACUGGCAAUCAGAGGUACAUUUACAUCUCUACUGGUAAGACAUGGGCUGCAGCUCAAGCUUACUGCAGAACUUAUUAUACUGAUCUGGCCAGUGCAAGAGAUGCAACAGAAAAUUCAAUUAUAGCAGGAUUGAUCUCUGGCAUGACUUGGUUUGGUCUGUUCAGAGAGACCUGGAAGUGGGUAGACCAUAAAAACGUCUCUACCAUCACCUGGAUGACUGGAGAACCUAAUAAUGCCCAGGGGAAUGAAGACUGUGGUUAUUUAAAUAAUGGCCUGGCUGCUGAUUCACAGUGCUCAGCCAUAAUGCCGUUCUUCUGUUAUGAAGUCACUAGAAAACAACAAAUCAUAAGGCUGAAGAUUCUGUCCAGUCAGGAUGUGAAUGAUCCUGCAAUAAAGGAGGCCAUGUUGGAGCAGAUUAAACAGAAACUGAAGGAUCAUGGGAUGGCAGAAAAUGUCACAGUUAAAUGGAGAGAAUGAUGAGAUGGAAGGGUGUUUCACAAAGAGAAAGAAAAUUUAAGACUAAUAAAAAUCUAAAAAGAACUCUAUGUCUAAAUCUAAUUUACACAAGUUUUCUUCUAAGGCAAUAUUCUUAAUAUUCUUAAUAAUAUUAUUAAUAUUCUUCUUCAAGUUUAUUUCUAAUGUAAUAUUUGUAUUUUUUAUUUAGCUGCCUUCAAUGUCACUUUGCCCCAAAUGUAGUCAAUCUGCUGAGUUUGUUUUGGAUCUUUAUUUCUUUAGUUUUUCAGAUAAGAUGCUAAAGUAACAAACAUGUAAUCAAAGUCUAACAAUAAUCAAACCUUUAUAUACUCAUUUCAAUUUUAAUAUAGGUAAUAUACUCUAUAAUAUGUGUAUAUACAUAUAUAGACAUACAUAUAUAGAUAUUGUUUCUUUAUCAUAAGCAUUAACUAAUAAUUCUCUUCCUAGGGAAUUAGAGAUCAAAUAAUAUGUGAUGUGAGAAUAAGUGAAUAAUGUGUAGGAUAUUUCCGUAUAAUGAGACUUUGCAUCCUCCUUGGCUCCAUCUGCAGGAAUUCCAAUGUGAAACAAGUUCAAUAAUUACAGUUUUAUUCUCAGCUUAGUUUUAUUCAUGUUUAACUUACAUAACACUGCUCACUCAAUAAUAAGGCUAGGAUUUCAUGUUCUAAUGCAUUUCUAUGAAAACCAUUGAAAUAAAGAAAAGGAGAUAAA